AUGGAAAGUAAAUAUUCGAGUGCACAGAAACAAAUUAAUGAGCACAUUAAGUCUGCAUCAGAGUUAGUUGAUUUAUGCAACUAUAAUGCAGAGCGAUAUGAGUCAUUAUUAAAAAAUCAAAAAAUAAGUACUAUAAAUAAUUCUUCUUUUUCUGAUCAUUCCAUUAUAAAUGUAGUACCAAAAAUUAAUGAAAUUACUCAUAAUCUCGAUCAAUCAUCUAUCUCUUAUCCUAUAUGUACAACAUAUAAUACAUGCCCUUUCAAACCAGCAUUGUCUAAUGACUCAAAAAGUAGCAAAACAAUAAUGUUUUCUGACAAGCUGGGCCAAGGUCUUCGUUUGGCUGUCGAAAAUAAGUUAGCACAAAACUUCAUAAAUAUUUACUCUCCAGGUCAAUCAUUUAAUAAUAUAGUAAAAAAUCAGAGCAAAAAUGAACUAGAUAGUGCCACCACUUUAAUUAUUUUGUGUGGUAUUAAUCAUCAAUACAGGGUCAUGUAAAAAGUAUUGAUAGCUUACUAAAAUUACAAUCUGAAUCAAAUUGUAAAAUGAUAAUAAGCAGCUUUCCAUAUGUCAAAAACUACAAUAAGGAACAAAACAUGCGCACACAUAAAUUAAAUUUGACAUUAUAUAAUAUACUCAACUAUAUAUUUAUAUAUGCCUUAUAUACCUAUUUCUUACAAAUAUACAUAUUAAAUGUUUACACUAAUACGAGGGUCAAACUGAAAGUUCUUAGAAAAUCAAAAACUGAUUACAUUAGCCAGUUAUUAGUUUUAUUAUAUCUUUU